AUGGCCGACUCUCAUUUGUCUGGCUCCGUAGGAAGCUACAACAGCAGCUUUCCCACCACCAGUGCUUGGAACAUCACCGGUAGCGGCCCGUGGUUGUUGGCCUUCAUGCUGACCGUCAUCAUCCUCAUGACCAUCUGUGGCAACAUGUUGCUCAUCGCCGUGGUGUUUGCCCAUCGCUCCUUGCGUUGCACCUCAAACUGCUUCCUUGUGUCUCUGUUCCUGUCCGACCUCAUGGUGGCCCUGGUGGUCAUGCCCCCCGCCAUGCUCAACGUUCUGUGCGGAGCCUGGGUGCUGUGGCCUGCCUUUUGCCCGAUUUGGCUCUGCUUUGACGUCAUGUGCUGCAGCGCGUCCAUCCUCAACCUGUGUGUGAUCAGCCUGGACCGCUACAUCUUCAUCAUCUCGCCGCUGCGCUACAAGCAGAGGAUGACCCCACCUCGGGCAUUGCUUCUGGUAGGAGCUGCUUGGGGGUUGGCGGCAUUGGCCUCUUUCCUGCCCAUUGAGAUGAAAUGGCACAGCUUGGGCCAUGGGAGCGGAAUCUCCUCGGUUCUUGGGGUCAACAGUAGCAACAUGAGCUCUUACUCUGACACACUGUACCCAGCCUCCUAUUUUCAGGUGUCACCAUCCGGAGGGCUUUCCUUCCAGUGCCGCCUGCAGGUCACCCUGCCCUUUGCCUUUGUGGCGUCUGUGCUCACCUUCUUUUUGCCCUCCAGUGCCAUUUGCUUCACUUACUGUCGGAUCCUUCUGGCAGCGCGGAGGCAGGCGAAGAGGGUCGCGGCACUGAGCCACCCACCGCACCCACAUCCCUCUCUAGGGGAACCUUCCAGGCCUCCUUCACCUGGGGUCGCAGCAGGGCAAGCUCAGCUGGACGGAGAUGACUGCAGUCACCAGGAACCACCUGUGUCACAAAAUGUGCCGCCGUCAGUGAACAGUGAGCGUCGUCUGGCUCACAGGCAGGGUCGGAGGGCACUGAAGGCCAGCCUGACACUGGGAGUCCUCCUGGGACUCUUCUUCAGCGCUUGGCUGCCAUUUUUCAUCACCAACAUGGCUCAGGCAGUGUGUGAGUGCGUCCCCCUCGCGCUCUUCGACGCCAUCACCUGGCUGGGCUACUGCAACAGCACAAUGAACCCCAUCAUCUACCCGCUGUUCAUGAGAGACUUCAAGCGAGCUCUGAGGAAGCUCUUGCCCUGCUGUUACUCGCAGUCACCUCGAAGACCCUCGCCAGCGCUCUCCCUCUCUCUCCGCAACUCAGGAGAGCCUAACGUCGCCAGCGACACCCCCUCUCCGCUGGCCUCUGACCCCACACACCCCCCUGCCACCGCCACCGAUGCUGUCAACCUGCUGGAUGCCGAGCACGCUGGCAUCGAGCUGCCUCUGCUUCUGCCCAAUCAGGUCGACACCCUGGAUUGAAUUGUAAUUAUGGAAUAUGUUAUGACAGGAAAAGACUCAUUGUGUGAGU